AAAAAACCGUGCCAAAAAAAUCUGCCUCCCGAUCCCAUCUCGAUCUCCAAGCUCCAGCGCGCCGCCACCUCCUGCCGACCGCCGCCCUCCCCGGCACCGCACGCCGCCACGAACGCCGCGGCCGUUGGCGGCUCCCCCCACCCCCGCUGGCUGCCCCAGUCGUUCCGCGCCCUCUCGUCCUCGGCGCCGCUCGCAGCCUCCCCGCCCAACGCGCCCACACCUGCGCCCGGGGUGGUCCAGAUCAGCGAGGAGCACCUCGUGCGGUGCGCGGCGGCGGGGAGGGCGCCGCUGCGGGUGGCGGUGCUGCUGAGCGGCGGGGUCGACAGCAGCGUCGCGCUCCGCCUCCUCCAUGCAGCCGGGCACAACUGCACCGCCUUCUACCUCAAGAUCUGGUUCCAGGAAGAUUUCAGGAACUUUUGGUCCGAGUGCUCGUGGGAUGACGAUUUGAAGUAUGCACAGGCUGUGUGUGACAAGAUUGACGUGCCAUUGGAGGUGGUACAUCUAUCUGAUGAGUACUGGAACCAUGUGGUGUCUCAUAUGAUUAAUGAGUACCGCAACGGACGCACACCGUACCCUGAUGUUCUUUGCAACACAAGAAUAAAGUUUGGAGCUUUCUUAGAAGCAAUUGAAAAUUUGGGAUUUGAUUACAUAGCUUCAGGACAUUAUGCACAUGUAGUCCAUCCACACGUUGAGAAUGCUAAAGAGCCAUCGGUGCUCCAACUUUUGAAAGACGAGGAUCUGGCGGUGUAUUUAUCUGUAAAUGGAGCUCAUCUUUUGCAAGAUGAAGUUCGCAGUCUGGCUGUUCAGAUGGACCUUCCUAACCAAGCUAGAAAGGAUUCUCAGGGGAUAUGUUUUCUUGGAAAGGUCAAAUUCAGUGAGUUUGUUCAAAGACAUGUAGGAGAAAUGGAGGGUAUACUUCUUGAGGCUGAAACUGGAGAUUACCUAGGGAUGCACCGUGGGUUUUGGUUCUAUACGAUUGGUCAGCGACAAGGUUUGCGACUUUCUGGAGGACCUUGGUAUGUUGUGGAGAAAGAUGUGCAAAAUAAUGUGGUUUUUGUAUCAAGGAAUUACUAUUCGCUGGAUAAGAGGAGGCGAACAUUUCGUGUUGGAUCGCUGAACUGGUUUAGCGAUUCUGGCCAGCGAUUACCGCGCGCCGCCACGAACGCCGCGACAAGGAAAUCUUUUAGUUACAUUACAUCAUUGGCCUUCUUCCUGUGACAGAGAAAGUUAUGGACACGGUAGAGGCUGCCGAGAGGAGUUCCCUUGCUGCAACCUCCAAUGGUAUUUCCGGUGCAGUGUCCAAGAGGUUAGUGGACAUUGUCCCUUUCUUUCGUAUUCAGUGAUGGAUGAAAAGUCAGAAAUGACAAUUCUGCUGUAUUAUUCAAUUCAAACUAAUGUUUAGUACUUUAUAUUGCCGAUAGAAAUAAUUUUAUCCGCUUGAUUUAGGAAGUGCACAUAGGUAGGUCAACAUAUUUUGUAGCUCUUUCACAUGUAAAAGCAUAUGUUGCAUAAGAAAUUAUUAUCUUCGAAGCAUACUCACAUUUCACUAACAAAUAGGGGGAGGUUCAGACUUCAGAGCAAUGAUAACAAGGUUUGUUCCUCACUCUUUUGUUGGAAUUUUAGUUCCAAGUUAACAUGAUUUCGUAUCCACUUCAUAAGUCAUGCAUUUGCUUAAUUAGGUGAUAAGUAGAGCAAAAAAAUUGAUCAUGUUAUUGUGGGGUUUGUUUAAACUCCAGCAUAAGGAAUUCUGGUUUAAGAAAAAAGACUUUUGGCUUCUUUAAUUACAAAUUGAUUGCAACAUCGUGUUAGUAUGUGAUUUCUCACAUGUGGUUAUAAUAUUUGUGAAGACGUGCAUUGCACGUGCACUUGGAAGCGGGCCCGUGGCCCGCACCGGACGGGCCACAAAUCAUUGGUAGUACAUGUCGUGUUUAUCCUCACUAUUGAAUAUUUUGUAUAUAACUAUUUAUGCAAUACUUGGACCAUAGGAGCAAUUCAUUCUAUAUAUUUUGCUGGGGAUUGUGCCUUCCAGUCAAUUUAUAGAUGGGUAAGAUGUAUCACAAUAUCUUUGACUUGCAUUCUCUAUGAUGUCAAGUAAGAAAAUAGAAUAUAUACUCCUUGAAUUAUCUUUUCUUUUUUUCGAUGUCUCUAUCUUACUUAUAUAAUCCAAUUGGCAUUCGCUAGAGUUUCUGUUGAUGAAACAUUUGUUUUGUGAUGUCGGGAGGUUCUGUUUGUGACUUUGCAAUCAAUAUUCGUUGAUACGGUUCGUAGAUCAUGAUAUCUGCACAAUCUCAAUCUACUUCCUGUGACUAUAUAUUGUAUUAAUGGGUUGUGUCAGGGUUAUUUUAUCAACUACUCGGUUGUUGAUCUACAUUACAGUUUAUUUCUUACACGAAUUAAUGUUGACUCGAUUCCCUGUAGUAGGUUGAGGGGCUUCUCCUCUCAUGAUUUGCUCUGAUUAGUUUGCUUGGCUCCAUGCUACUCAUGAUUUCUUUGAAUUAUUCUGUAGGAGCUCGAUCAAAAAUCACCUAUGAAAAAUAUGUCGUUCUUCUCUACAGGGGUUGAAUGUGGAAUUUGAGGAUAAUCUGUGCACCAGCAUCCGACUCCUUGAUGUUGCUCUGAUCAUAUUGUGUAAAUAUAUUUCUAAUAAAGCAAUCACCCGAUGGUGUACAUGUUAGAAAUAACAAGAUGUAAUCAUCAAGUGUGAGAGAUAGCAACAUCAUGAUGGGAUGGUAUGUACUGUUGUACUCAUCAAUAGGUUCGUCUUUCAUUCUCUUGCAGCCAGCAUGUUUUUUGUUAUGCAAACAAUUAUGAAAUAUCUAAUUUCUAUGUACGUCCAAAUAUAUAUAAGUAGUUGUUGUUAGCACUGAAUUUGGAUUUGUUAACGGUCGCUGCAUUUGGUCUAUCUCGAGCCUCUGGCUGUGGAUCAUGUUCUUUUGAUAUCCGCUUGCCAUGAUAUGUUAUCUCUGGUAUGUGUUACCUCUAUUUUUUUGUCUGGACUAAUUAGGGCCUGCUUCUGUUUGCUCUAAUUGAUAUAAUUGUUGUGGCAUGCAGCAGCCAAGCCAACAACAGAGCCAGGCUUAGGCCUGAUGACAACUUGACAAAUAUGAUCAAGAUGCUGAAGAUGAGGAAUCUGACGAAACUAAAGAAAUAGGGGAUUUCAAUGCUGACUUGAAUCCUGUUAGGAGUUGAUCAAGAUAAUCCGUUGUGUUGUGAUGCAAUCACUAAUUAAUUUGAGAGAGAACAGUGUGGAAUCAGAAGUAACGAGAUGUGACCAUUAAGUUUGACAUAUGGCAAGAGAAUGUGAUAUGUAGUCCUCUAUAUGCACCAAUAGUGCAUUCACUUUUCACGCUUCUAUGGUUGGUUCAUAUGUGGUUAUCGAAGCAGGAUAAGUUCUUGAGAAGGACUCUAAUUGCUAUGGACCACAAGAUUUCAGAUGUCUCUUCCUAUUGCGUAUUGCCGUUGACAUUGGACUUUCUAUCCAGUAAGAGGGACAUUGGGAUCAUUGUUCAUCUAGAGAAGUCAGUGCCAAAUCUACGUCAGGACAUUGGGAUGUUAAUGAUUGGAGAUGGAUUGACAAGUACCAAAGAUUGAUGCCAAGCAGAACUAAAACCUGUGCAUGGAUUACCUUCAGUCCCGCAUUCCAAUCAACAACAUUGGGCCGAGCGAGCGCGCGGGUGGCGCAAGAGGCAAUGGGCAGCCGGUGGCGAUUGAGUGGUGAGCGGCGGUGGCGAGGUCGAGCGGUUGGCACAAAUGGCGAGUAGGCAAUUACCGUGAUGGGCGAGCGGACGGGGCGAGUAUGUGUCAUGAUUGCAUCACAAUUAGAAUAAAGUAGACAAUGCAUACGUGUGGCCAUUGACUGAUUUUGUGUGUUGUGUACUUGUGUUAACAGCCAGCCAAAUCAAUCAGACAAGGACCAUUAUGUACGUGAGUGUGUUAGCAGUGGGUAUAUCUGAAGAUUAUUUCUCAACUCGGCAUGUGGGUAGAGACUAAAAAGACGAUGCCAUGGUAGCAUGGCAGACCUGGCAAGUGCCACGAACAUGAUGAUAUUCUUCCUUUUCUUAAUUCCUUGAUUUAAAAAAUAAUUUGCUCUGCGUGUGUAGGAACAUAGCAGUCGGGCAAAGGACACUUUGUCAUCUUGAUCUAUCAAGGGAAAUAAUUUCUUUACUUUAGAAAAUGUGGGUUCGGAUUGGUCUGUUGAGUUAUGGCUGGCUGAUCGGAAUAAUUUUUCGAUUUAAAAAAUGUAGCAAAUAACAUUUCAUUA